AUGCCCCUUUUCAAGCGACGGGACGGCAAUGCUCCAGCGCCAAACGCUACUAUUCGCGACAAGUACGAGUUUCGGGAUGUGCUCGGCACUGGCGCCUUUUCCAAGGUAGGUCUCGUUUUUGCUUUGAAUUCUUUGAAAAUAUAAACACCACCGAAAGUACUAAUUUGCGAAAUCCUUCCGAAAGAAACCUUCUAAUUAUCCAUCAUUCUGCUUUAUCACUCGGACAUGAAAAAGUGUAAACGGCGAGCCAACGGGUUUUUCCCGGAGACGCAGAAUAUGUCAAAGAGCCAUAGCAACACUGGCACACUCGGGGCGGCGGCUCGCCCUCCAUUUCCCUCCUUCAGCGCCCCCGACCGCUUCUCCAUAUAUGGAUUUUUGUUAUCCGCCCGUCUCUCCGGCUCCGCGGCUCUCCCGGUUUCCUUCCGAUUCUACACAAUCUCUCGUCGCCUGUUUCAGUUCGGAAACCCGACUUUAUCCCGCCGUCGGAAGGGGAGAGAUAGAAGAUGGAUGCGAGAACCGGAUUAAAUGAGCGGCGGCGAAGUGGAGGAAAGCGCGGGGGAAAACACCGGAUAUUCGAUGAGCCAUCCGGUCGAUCACUAGUACGUUACAAUCUGAACACUUGCUCGAUCGAAAAUUCGACCGACCAGUCUAUUUGUGGCGCGGGCGGGCGUGGGAGAGAUCGCCAGAAGUUCUCGGUAUUCGUCACGAAGCACGUGAGGUUCCCGGAAGAGUCCUACCACGGUGCAAGGACAAUUAAGGGAUUCCGACCAAAACAAGAUUAGCUAUUCUGAAUAGUGGAUGUUCACUUUCCUGGUAAUAAAGUAGGACCGACAAUAUAGUGUGCCGGAGAAACCUGAGAAUAAGUGAUAUUUGAUCAAGUUGUCUGUUUUUUUUUCUGACAUUUUCUUGUUUUCGUAAUCUGCCAACGAUUGGCAGGUGAUUCAAUUGAAAUUAAAUACUCUCAUAAUAUGGCUGUAAAUCUGAAAUCUUUCUGUUUUGACUAGAGAACAAUUGAAACGUCACACAUCUUCUGGCAGAAAGGACAACAAUUCUGAAUGAGUUUUGGAGUAUUCAGUGACGUUGCGCCUUCUUCUGUUUUCUGCUUUUUCCCCCAUUUGUGCUCCAUUUCCGCUUCAUCCUCAUGACAUCAUCAUCAUCAUUUCCCGAUAAUUCCGUCGUCCAUCGGAGCGGCUCACGUGCGGUAAAGAGUCAACACGGCAAGAGUCUAUCGGACGGCGGCUACGGCGGAUGAAAAAUUCACAAAGUUUCGGGGCCAAUCUCUGGUGCCUUGUGGUCACAAAUCCGUUUCUCCGGUCGGUUAAUCGAAAAAUCCGGGGCGGCGGACUCGUGUCUCUUCCCCCAUGGGACAGACUGCUGAUGACCUGCGGUCUAUGGGAAAUUGGAAAAAAACGGGCUCGUCGGUCGCUCUCGGCUGCAUUAUUGUUGCAUAAGAAAUAGCAGAGAGGAGUACGUCACGGGCUGGAAACCACAUACAUUUAUUAUAUCCCUAUUAUUAGAUCUCUGAUCGCAGAGCUCACUUUUGUGACGCUCUGUCGUUAUUAGUUAGUCAUCCGAUUGGAUUGAAUUCAGACGACGUCGCGUGAAGUCACGAGUUGGAGGCCGAAAACAGAGAGAGAGACAGAGAGCGGAAGAGGGAGAAUAUUGGGAUAAUGGGGUUGCGACGGAGGGCAGUGCAUGAUGGAUUGUUGAAGGAAAUCGGGCAGGAAGGAGCAAAAGAAAAACACUCGUGUUGGGUUGGAAAAGUGGCAUAUCUGAGGGGUUUUUGAUGUCCGGAAAAGCGGGGGUUCCGACGGAGCACGUGCUUCUGGGACAAGCGAUGGCGCCUUCGAAACUAAAGAGUUCAACCGAGAACAGGGAACUUUUUCAACAAACUUGUGUUCAGUGAAGUUUUUAACUCUGUGUGGCUAUCAAAUAUUUGAAUGAUUCUGUAGUGAGACAUCUGGAACGCAUGUUAUGCAGCGCCUCGAGUAUCCCAUUAUAACACGAACAUCUGUCUGGAAAUGUGCUCAAGCUCCAGUGCGUCGUGCAUUCGUAGAAAAAAAAUUGUUUAUUCGUGUCCGCCAGACCGCAUUAUCCAAUUGUAUCGCUCUCUUUUUCAGAAAGGGAUAUUGCAUAUGUGAUGUGUGGUUUUCCAAAGAUUCAUCCAAACAAACACUGAAACAUCCGUUCAUGCUUCCCCUUUUUCAGGUGUUCUUGGCAGAGUCGAAAUGCGAGGCGGGUCACAUGUACGCCGUCAAAUGCAUCGACAAAAAAGCGCUGAAGGGCAAAGAGGAGUCACUGGAGAACGAGAUCAAAGUGCUGAGAAAGUGAGUCUCGGAAUGAAGUCGUAUAGAAAAGAGUGAGAGAGGGAGACCUUCCCGCUUUCAUUCUAAAAACGUCGUGCUCCUCGCUCGUCGGCUCCUAUUUUUGUCUCCUUGAGCAGUAGGAGGUGACCGACGACAACACAAAGUAUCCGCUUUCAAGUCAUGCAGCCAGAAAACCUAUUCUGAUGAUGUCAUUCCGCCUCUUUUGGCACCGACUUCUUGCCUCAUUACGGCCACGUCAAAACAAGAAGUGGAGUGAGUGCGCGACGGGUGCUCUGGAAUUAACGGCCUCUCGUUUUAUUUCUGUCUUUUGAAUGGGUUGAACAACAACUGAAAGCCGAUACAUUUUGAGAAGCACAUGAAAUUUAUAUCGGGUCCAAAGCAUACUCUUCUGAUCACGGAGUUUGACUUUUAUGGGGAGCAAACAUGAAAUGAAAUGAAGAGCCUAAAAGAACGACAUUAACUUUUUAGACUCCGUCACCCGAACAUUGUGCAAUUGUUCGACACAUACGAUGAAAAACAGUUUGUCUAUCUCGUCAUGGAACUCGUAACUGGCGGAGAGCUCUUUGAUCGAAUUGUUGCGAAAGGGUCCUACACAGAACAAGACGCCUCAAAUCUUAUCAGACAGGUCAGUCAACAACUUCUUUGGCACAUUUUGUCAAAAAUUCUGGAGACUUCCGUUCUCUGUUUUCCCAUGACAUUUAUAGUGACUCUGAAAAGAGAGGAAAACUCAAUUUUCAGGUGCUCGAAGCAGUCGCUUUCAUGCAUGAUAACGGAGUUGUGCACAGGGAUCUGAAGCCCGAGAACCUGUUAUAUUACAAUCAAGAUGAAGACUCGAAGAUCAUGAUCUCCGACUUUGGACUCUCGAAAACAGAAGACUCUGGCGUGAUGGCGACUGCGUGUGGAACCCCCGGAUACGUGGCUCCCGAAGUGCUGCAGCAGAAGCCGUACGGCAAGGCGGUCGAUGUGUGGUCCAUUGGCGUCAUCGCCUACAUCCUGCUCUGCGGGUCAGACCUCCGCCAUUUACAAUUCGCUAUAAGAAAUGCUGAUUUCAGUUAUCCUCCGUUCUACGAUGAGAGCGAUGCGAAUUUGUUUGCCCAAAUAAUCAAAGGCGAAUACGAAUUCGACGCGCCAUACUGGGAUCAGAUCUCAGAUUCCGGUAAGUCUAACAAGUCAACAAUUCUUUGAUUACGUGAAAUUAUUUUCAGCAAAAGACUUCAUCUCGCAUCUGAUGUGCUGUGAUCCGGAACAGAGGUUCACCUGCCAGCACGCUCUGGCACAUCCAUGGUAAUGAGAGAGACCUGACAAACAGGGGUUCCCAACUAUUCAAUGCUUUCAGGAUCAGUGGAAACACCGCCUACACGCAUGAUAUCCACGGAACUGUCGCAGUGCACCUCAAGAAGAGUCUGGCGAAGAGGAACUGGAAAAAGGUGGGUGGAGUGCCGACAGAUUCAGGUCACAUCCUCGAUUGCAGGCGUACAAUGCUGCCGCCGCCAUUCGUCAGCUCCAGAUGCUUCGUCUCUCCUCGAACAGUAAUCGUCUGAACAAGCAAGCCCAGCAGCAGCCGCCGCAACCGCCUCCACAACCAACCCCCGUUUUCCACGCCUGA